CUCUUACUGCUGCUGCUGCUUGGUUGUCCCUCACGCAAACCUCAGGCUCGGCUGUAGCUCACAGGCCUCUGUGUUUACUUCAUUGAAGGAAUGAAUGGGCUGUACCACUAGUCAAAUAAUAGAAGAACGGGGAGCUGCCAGAGUGUACAGCUCAAUUGUAUUCAUUAUAAAUAACAUUUGUACUGUCUGCUUGAAGACAUGGAGACAAAAAAACUGAUCACUGCAACGGAUACCCAAUAUUCUGGAAUUCUGCUCAAUGCUUUAAAUGACCAGCGUAUGCAAGGGCUGUACUGCGAUGUGACAGUCAUUGUUGAAGAUCGCAAAUUUCGAGCGCACAGAAAUAUUCUUUCAGCUUGUAGCACUUACUUCCAUCAGCUGUUUUCUGUCGCAGGACAAGUUGUGGAGCUAAAUUUUAUCAAAGCUGACAUAUUUGCAGAAAUUUUAAACUACAUUUACAGCUCCAGAAUUGUCCGUGUGAGAUGUGACAUGCUGGAAGAGCUGAUAAAGUCAGGAAAGUUACUAGGUGUCCCAUUUAUAGCAGAACUCGGGAUUCCUCUUUCUCAAGUAAAGAGCAUAUCAGGAGCUGGAGGUAAAGAUGGGAGUACUGAUGCUCCACCUAACCCUGAUCAAAAAGCACCUGAACCACAAAAAAGCACAGAUAAUCCCUCACCAAGCACAACCAAAAUCAAAGCUGACGUGGAAACUGAGAUGCCUGUAAUCACAGAAUCCUUUUCAUUGUCCAGUGAUGAUCAGAAGGACAAAAAGGCUCCUGGUUCCAAAGAUCAAGCUUCAGAGAAGGAAGAGGAUGAUGAUGAUGAUGUAAUAUUUUGCUCAGAGAUUGUGGCAUCUAAACAGACACCCGCAGAGAGAAAGGUGCCUGCUCAAAGCCAAACACCGCCUGAUAAUGAACCUGAAGUAAAAAAAGUUACCCCUGCAGGUCAAGUUCAAGUUAGCCAGAAUUAUUUACCUUCCAACCAACAAACAUCAAAGAACACCUCAUCAGCACCACAGAAAUUUAUUCCGCCUGUUAACACAAAUAUAAGUCAGAAUCCGACUCCACCUGCAAAUGGUUUUCUUAGUCCCACUACUCAGAAGCAAGGGACUCCUAAUGCAGUUCAGAAUCAACAUUCCCAAAACAUUACCCCUGGUAACACUUUACCACAACAAAAACCUGUGGUCAAUUAUAACUCGCCAAAGGCUCAUCAAAUCGGCAUUGUACAACCCAAAACAGAAGUAAUCUUCCAUGGUAAUGGCCUCUGUCCUCCAAAUUCCUCUGUCGUCACACCAAAACACAUUUCUUUUGAUGGGGUACAGAAAAAGCAAGUUGUGACUUUUACUCAAGGAUCUCCAUCGAAACCUGGCGAAUUUAAAAUCAAGAUAGCUGACGUUGUUUCAGGAAGCAAGGAUUCAAUCAAAGACGCCGAGCCACGGCGCAUUAUUGAUGGGAAAAAAAUCAUAACAUUAGACACUGCCUCUGAAAUUGAAGGUCUGUCAACCGGUUGCAAAGUUUAUGCAAACAUUGGCGAAGAUACGUAUGAUAUUGUCAUUCCUAUCAAGGAAGAUCCUGAGGAAGGGGAGGCUAAACUGGAUUUAGAUGAAUUCCCAAACAGAAAGCGCAUGAAGCUGAAACACGAUGAUCACUACGAGCUCAUAGUGGACGGUAGAGUAUAUUAUAUUUGUAUUGUAUGCAAACGAUCUUACGUAUGUCUGACCAGCUUACGAAGACAUUUUAACGUCCAUUCCUGGGAAAAAAAGUACCCGUGUCGCUACUGUGAGAGAGUUUUCCCUCUUGCAGAAUAUCGUACAAAGCACGAGAUUCACCAUACCGGCGAACGAAGAUACCAGUGCUUGACUUGUGGAAGUUCUUUUAUCAAUUAUCAGGUUAUGGCUUCACAUAUAAGGUCGGUUCACAGUCUGGAUCCAUCUGGAGAUUCAAAGCUUUACCGACUAAACCCCUGCAAAACGCUGCAAAUCAGACAAUAUGCAUAUGUUAAUAAUUCAGUUGAUGGCGCAAUUAAUGUUCCUGUUAUUAUGGAUGGUGGAAUUAAUGUUCCUGUUAUUAACGAUGGUGGGAUUGUGUAUGAUAUUGACCAGGAUAAACCACAGCAGCCUGCGUCUGAAGGAAACCACGCUAACUCUGCUCAAAAGCCAGUCAACUGGGACGAUAUUUUCCUCCAGCAGAGUAAUCAGAAUAUGUUUAAACCCAAUACAUCUGAGGGUGGUACAGAGUUUGAGUUUGUAAUACCAGAAUCGUACUAGAUCUGCAGUUUGGGAUCGCGUAAAAAUAGAAACAUAGAUGACAUAAAGGCAACUCGCCAUCAGGAUUUUUAAAGCUAAUCUUAUGGUAUUCUAAUAAAUAAUAGUCCUUUUUGUA